AAGUCGCGUAAUUGGCGGCGCAGUGGAGUUACUGUUAAAUGCCUCUCUAGCUCAAGUGACUCCCCCCUCAUUACUACUGAGCUCUCUCAUCCCAUUACACUGCAAGCAGAGAGCGAGCUUUUGGAACUUUUUAAAAACUUUUAUUUAACUUACUUACUUUAUUUUAUUUUAUUUUAUUUUUAGAAUCAUGUUCUGGUCACUGUUGUGCGUAAUCGUUGCCUUUGCUUUCGUGCCGGCUGAUGCGCAAGUCUCCAGCCGGUAUGUUAUCGGAUGUCCUGCUCGGUGUGACAAGUCGAUGUGUCCCCGGCUGUCAGCGGACUGCUCGGUGGGGCAAAGCCUCGACGCCUGCAACUGCUGCCCGGUUUGCGCGUCCGGAGAGGGCGAAGCCUGCGGCGGCUUGGGGAAGCUCGGCGACCCGGUGUGCGGUGAAGGGCUGGAGUGCUCCGUCUCCGGUGGGGUGGCAUACACUAUCACGGUGAGAAGGAGAAGCAAGAGUGGGACUUGCGUUUGCAAAGCCACCGACCCGGUGUGUGGAAGCGAUGGGGUGUCCUACCGGAAUAUCUGCGAGCUGAAGAGGGUCAGCCGCCGGGCGCAGAAGCUGCAGCAGCCACCUGUUCUCUUCAUUCAGCGGGGAGCCUGCGGGAAAGCUCAGGACAACCCAGACAGCCCAAGGCACAAAUACAACUUCAUCGCCGACGUGGUGGAGAAAAUUGCUCCGUCUGUGGUUCACAUUGAACUUUACCGCAAGAUGACCUAUUCCAAGCGGGAGGUGGCGGUGGCCAGUGGCUCUGGCUUUGUUGUGGCAGAGGACGGCCAGAUUGUGACCAAUGCCCAUGUGGUGGCUAAUAAACACCGGGUGAAAGUGGAGCUGAAGAGUGGAGCCUCCUAUGAUGCCAAAAUCAAAGAUGUGGACGAGAAAUCAGAUAUCGCUCUCAUCAAGAUCGAAGCACCGACCAAGCUUCCUGUGCUGUUGCUGGGCCGCUCCUCAGACCUGAGACCAGGGGAGUUUGUGGUUGCUAUCGGCAGCCCGUUUUCCCUCCAGAACACAGUUACUACAGGAAUCGUCAGCACCACUCAGCGAGGGGGCAGAGAGCUGGGCCUGCGCAACUCUGACAUGGAGUACAUUCAGACUGAUGCCAUCAUAAAUUAUGGAAACUCCGGAGGGCCUCUUGUAAAUCUGGAUGGCGAGGUGAUUGGGAUUAACACAUUGAAAGUGACGGCUGGCAUAUCCUUUGCCAUACCCUCAGACAAAAUUCGAGAGUUCCUGGCAGAGUCCUACGACCGUCAGUCCAGAGGGAGAGCGGCUGCUAAGAAGAAGUAUAUUGGUGUGCGGAUGAUGACUCUCACUCCAGCACUGGCCAAGGAGCUCAAGACUCGACAUCGUGACUUCCCUGACAUCACCUCUGGAGCUUACGUUAUGGAGGUCAUCGCAAAGACACCAGCUGCAACUGCUGGACUCAAAGAGCAUGAUGUCAUCAUCUCGAUCAAUGGCCAGAGGAUCUCAUCUGCGACUGACGUUAGCGCCGCCAUCAAGCGAGAAGGCACCUUAAAAGUAGUUGUUCGUCGUGGAAAUGAGGACGCUAUCCUUACUGUUGUUCCCAUGGAUAUCGACCCUUGAACAUCCACAAGUCACACCACAGGAACUGGAGCUAGGUUUAACUUAUCACCAGUGGACCUCAUAUUGGAGCGGGGCUUCUACUGAUGCACCCUCUCCCUGUGGCCAAAGGCCAGUGGCGCCACACAUCCAGGAAAAUUCUGGCUUUGCCUUGAAAGAAACGACUGUACAGAUGCUCUAAUAGCAGUACUGUACUUUGUUCUUUAUGUGUGUUUUUCUUUUUAGUCUUUAAUGCUUUGAUCAAUGCUACUACUGUUUGGUCACAAACAAAAGAAGUUGGUUAAUGGCAUAUUGUUUUUAUCUGUUUUCUCUUGUUCUGUGUCUUUUUUAAUAUGGACUUGCUCAGUCAGACUUUCCACUGCAAUUUCAAGCAAUUUAGAGACUCGCUGGGCAAAUCGGAUUUGUAUAAUUAUUUUCUAAAAUUCUUUUUUUAAGUACUGUAGAAUGUUUAUGUUGAUUAUGUGUUGUAAACUGAGAAGAAAAUAAAGGGUUUACCUUGUUUUGUUUCGA